AUGUUUUCUUGGUCAUUUAAAUCGAAUGAUCAUCAAAGGUAUGUAACUGCUGAAAAAGACCAGAUGUAUGAGAAUAGAUAUUUGAAUUUAAUUCGAAUUAAUCCUGAUCUUGCAGAGAUUGAAGAGGAGACAACAAAGAGUAGUGAAGUGGAUGUUAAUCCUAUAAUUCAUGAUGUUGCAGAAGUUGAAGAGGAGACAACACCAAUCAAGGAAAUGGAAGAGGAGACAACAACAAGUAGUGAAGUUGAAGAGGUGACAACACCAAUCAAGGAAAUUGAAGAGAUGACAUCAAAAAGCAAAGGUAAGGAUGAAUGUGAAAUGACAGUUUUCGGCACAGUUACUCACUAG